AUGGCACCUCGCCGUCGCCGUGGCGGCCGCGAUGGCUCCCAGGACGGCAAUUCAUCAGAGACAGAUGCUCCUAAAAACCGUCCGCCCAACACUGCUUUCCGCCAGCAACGAAUGCGCGCCUGGCAAUGUGUGCUUACACCGAAACUUAUCGUCUCCAUCUUCACCGUCCUUGCCGCCAUCUAUCUCGGCUUCGGCGCCUACUUGACAUAUCUCGCCUUUACUGUUCGAGAUCUCAGUAUUGACUACACCGACUGUCUAAAAGAUGCGCCCAGAGGAAGUGACAUAAAGGCGGCUAUUCCACCCGAUAAUGUCAAGUCGCAUUUCUCGUCAUCCGCCCUGGAGACGCACCCGAACCUCGACCCCAAGAAAAUGUCGACAUGGCAUGUUGAGGAGCGAAACGUAACCUUCGAAUGGAGCGGUAUCACGGCCCCAAGAAACAUCUGCGUUAUCUCGUUCCCUAUUCCCGAGGAACUCCCGGCGCCCGUCAGCUUCUACUACCACCUCAACAACUUCUACCAGAACCAUCGUCGCUACGUUAAUUCGUUCAACGCCAAGCAACUCUUGGGCGAUGCCGUAUCCAAGGAUGUCAUUGACGGCUCGACCUGCAAGCCACUGGAUCUCGACCCCCGAGGAACUGGAAAGGUCAUCUACCCGUGCGGCGUGGUGGCCAACUCCAUGUUCAACGACACCUUCUCCAACCCCUACAACGAGCAAAACUCUACCGACUACGUCAUGUCCAACAAGGCUGGUGAUAUCAGUUGGGAAGGAUUGAAGGAUCUCUACGGCGAGACCAAGUACUCGCGUUCCGAGAUCGUCCCCCCACCCAACUGGGAGGCAGCCUGGCCCAAUGGCUACACGAACGACACCAAGCUUCCUGACCUCAAGAACUGGGCCGACUUCCAGAACUGGAUGAUGCUGGCCGCCUCUCCGGACUUCUACAAGCUGGUGCGCAAGAACGACCACGAAGCCAUGAAGGCGGGCAACUACCGGAUCGAGAUCGUCGACAACUUCAACACCACCGUCUACAACGGCCACAAGUCCAUCGUCCUCACCACCAUCACCGCCAUGGGCGCCCGCAACAUCUGGCCAGGGAUAAUAUUCCUCAUCGUUGGCGGCAUCUGCCUCAUUCUUGACGUCUACUUUGUCUUGUCCUUCUUCAUCUGGAAGCCCCGUAAGCUGGGCGACCCCUCGUAUCUGUCAUGGAAUCAGCCUUCGGCUGCGCAGGCUGGAUCUACAUGA